AUGGCGAAUAGAAGAGGAGAAAUCUUCAGACCUAAUCAGGAGUACGCUCACCGUUUGCGUAAGAUUCUUGAAGAAUAUCCUGACGGGUCGCAAAUUCUUCGCGAGAUCCUUCAGAAUUCAGAUGAUGCGAAAAGUCGAAAGCAGAUCUUUAUUCUCGAUAAUAAUAAUUAUCCUACGCAGAAAUUACUCGAACCUCGUAAUGAAGGGACCCGUAGAACGGAUGCAAAAUUAGAUCGAUAUCAAGGUCCAGCUUUGUUAUCAAGAAACGACACAAUUUUCGAAGAACGGGAUUUUGACUCCUUACUUAAAUUGGCUGACAGCGAGAAACGUAAACAAUUUGAUAAGAUAGGAGCGAUGGGCAUGGGUUUCAACUCGAUCUAUCAUCUUACCGAUUCCCCUUCGUUCAUUACUGGCAAUAGUUAUGUAAUUCUAGACCCACACGAAUGGUAUUACAACGGCGGCAUCAAAUUUAAUUUUAUCGAAGAGGCAGUAGAUUUUCCAGAUCAAUUCGCACCGUUUAGAACGUUUAAAAUACCAUUCGACCACACUUUCGAAGGAACCUUUUUCCGAUAUCCGCUUCGGACCUCCGAAGACUCCAUUGAUUCGGUAAUUUCAAAGAAGGUGUAUAAACCGGAUGACGUUCGAGAAAUGUUUAAAAGAUUUUACGAAAAUGAAGGCAUCAAUUGCCUAUUAUUUUUAAAAUACAUAGAAGUUAUCGAAUUUUAUGAAUUGGAAGAGGGAGAAACAGAGCCAAAAUUACUUUACGAGAUUUCUCUUGAAAAUGCCGAUGAAGUUCGGUCAAAACGUCGACAGAUCGCGGAAAACGUAGUGAAAAGAAUGGAAUCGUUGGAUCCUAAAGGUUCCAACAAGAUAACCCCAUUAGAAUCUAUAUAUAUUGCAGAAUUUUUCCGGAAGAAUUAUAACGGUGAAAGCGAAAGAAUUUCAUGGGUAAUCUUUAAUCAGUUAAAUGAAACGGAUGUCUUGGACAAAUUUAAGGGGGAUUUCAAAGAGCACAAGUUAGUCCCGGCUAUCGGUCUCGCUGUGCGGCUUGAUAAUCAAGGGACCAACGGAAGACUUUUCUGUUUUCUACCACUUCCAAUUCCAACGCCUUUCCGGGCCUCGAUAAACGGAUAUUUCGCGGUUGGUACAAAUAGACGCACAAUUUGGAGCUCGGCGGAUAACGAGGAUUUAGCAGAUGACUCUUUGGCAAAGCUUAAAGUGACAUGGAAUGAACAUCUUUUUGACAAAGUUCUUCCAAAGGCGUGGGUAAGGUUUUUGGUUGAACUUCCCAACAAAUAUCCGAGUGUCCAGCCAAGCAAGUUCUACGACUUUUGGCCAAUCCUUUCGGAUCAUGUUUCCAGUAGUGUAGUUGAAUUUUGCAAGCAAUUAUUAGAGAAAGUCGUUGAAAAUCUUAAAACCGAUGACGAAGUCUUCAUUGGUCCACGCGCAUCUUAUGCUCCCGGAAAUAUGAAAGGGUUAAUUCCAACAAACAACAAUG